AUGAGCAGUGUAAGGACGAGAUCGACUGAGAACGGGCCCAGUUCUGCCACUGACUGCAUCAUUGCUCUCCUGGGCUCACGGGGCCUGCCGGGUUCAGUGGUGAGUCCUCCCUGAGGGGCUGUGAGUGGAGACCAGGGGUGGGAGUGGCGUGAGAGAAAAAAGAGAAACAGAGACUGACUUUGGGGAAGGAGAUAGAGACAGAGAGAAAGAGAACCUUAGAGCAGGAAGGAGCGUGAGAUAGAAUACAGGAGGGAGAGCAGAAGGGGACCUAGGGCAGAAAGAGAGAAAUAGAGAAAGAGAAAAAGAAGGAGACAAAUAGAAAAAGAGAAACAAAGAGAAAAGUAAAGGGCAGACAUAAAGAGGGACCCAGAGAAAGGCAGGCAGACGCAGGAGGUGGGCGUGGACACCGUGGACACCAAAGACAGAGGACCUGGGAUGGCUCUGAGGAUCCGCAUCAAGGAUGCACUGCUGCUCCUGGGGCUUCUGACGACAGGCCUGACCCAGGUGCCGAUCCCGGCCUCAGCCCCCCGAGGCUUCUGGGCUCUGCCAGAAAACUUGACGGUGGUGGAGGGGGCUGUUGCCGAGCUGCAGUGUGGGGUCCGCGCCCCUGGCAGUGCGGUACAAUGGGCCAAGGACGGGCUGCUCCUCGGCCCCGAUCCUAGGAUCCCCAGUUUCCCACGGUAUCGCCUGGAGGGAGAUCCUGCUAAAGGUGAAUUUCACCUGCAUAUUGAAGCGUGUGACCUCAGCGACGAUGCAGAGUAUGAGUGCCAGGUCGGCCGCUCAGAAACAGGCCCUGAGCUCGUGUCUCCCAGAGUGAUCCUCUCCAUCCUGGUGCCCCCCAAGGUGCUUCAGUUGACCCCUGAGGCAGGGAGCACGGUCACAUGGGUAGCUGGGCAGGAGUACACGGUCAGCUGUGUGUCUGGGGAUGCCAAGCCAGCACCUGACAUCACCUUUCUCUUGAGUGGACAAACAAUAUCUGGUAUCUCUGCUAAUGUGAAUGAGGGGUCCCAGCAGAAACUCUUCACCACGGAGGCCACAGCCAGGGUGACACCCCAGAGCUCAGAUAAUGGGCAGUUACUGGUCUGUGAGGGAUCCAGCCCAGCUUUGGAUACCCCUAUCAAGGCUUCAUUCACCAUGAAUAUUCUGUUCCCCCCAGGGCCCCCCGUCAUCGAAUGGCCAGGCCUGGAUGAGGGGCAGGUGCGGGCAGGGCAAAGCUUGGAGCUGUCGUGCACCGCCCGAGGGGGGAAUCCACUAGCCACACUGCAGUGGCUGAAGAAUGGCCAGCCCGUGUCCACAGCGUGGGGCACAGAACAUGCUCAGGCGGUGGCCCGCAGCCUCUUAGUGAUGAUUGUGAGGCCGGAAGACCACGGGGCGAGGCUCAGCUGCGAGGCCUACAACAGCGUAUCUUCAGGGAUUCAGGAACGCGGGGUCACGCUGCAGGUCACCUUUCCCCCCAGCGCCAUUACUAUCUUGGGAUCUGCGUCCCAGUCUGAGAACAAGAACGUGACACUCUCCUGCAUCACCAAGUCCAGUCGCCCGCGGGUCCUCCUGCGAUGGUGGCUGGGCUGGCGGCAGCUGCAGCCCAGCGAGGAGACGGUCAUGGACGGCCUGCAUGGUGGUCACAUCUCCAUGUCUAACCUGACAUUCCUGGCGCGACGGGAGGACAACGGUCUGACCCUCACGUGUGAGGCCUUUAGCGAGGCCUUCACCAAAGAGACCUUCAAGAAGUCGCUCACCUUAAAUGUGAAAUAUCCUGCCCAGAAGCUGUGGAUUGAGGGCCCCCCAGAGGGGCAGCGCCUCCGGGCUGGGAACCGGGUGAGGCUGGUGUGUCUGGCCAUUGGAGGCAACCCAGACCCUUCCCUCACCUGGUACAAGGACUCGCGCACCGUGACCGAACCGCGGCCGCCCCAGGAACCACGGCGGGUGCAGCUGGGAAGUGUGGAGAAGUCGGGGAGCAUCUUCUCCCGAGAGCUGGUGCUGAUCACUGGUCCGUCGGACAACCAGGCCAAGUUCACGUGCAAAGCCGGCCAGCUCAGCGCGUCCACGCAGCUCGUGGUGCAGUUCCCCCCGACUAAUGUGACGAUCCUGGCCAACGCGUCGACGCUACGCCCCGGGGAUGCCUUAAACUUGACGUGCGUCAGCGUUAGCAGCAACCCUCCAGUCAACUUGUCGUGGGACAAGGAGGGGGAGAGGCUGGAAGGUGUGGCCGCCCAGCCCCGCCGGGCUCCAUUCAAAGGUUCCGCCGCCGCUAGGAGCGUCCUUCUGAGACUCUCAUCCCGCGACCACGGCCACCGCGUGACCUGCAGCGCCCACAGCAGCGAGCUGCGGGAAACCGUGAGCGCCUUCUACCGCCUCAACGUGCUGUACCCUCCAGAGUUCCUGGGGGAGCAGGUGCUUGUGGUGACCGCGGUGGAGCAGGGCGAGGCACUGCUGCCUGUCUCGGUGUCUGCCAACCCCGCCCCAGAGGCCUUCAACUGGACCUUCCGCGGCUACCGACUCAGCCCAGCUGGCGGCCCUCGGCAUCGUAUCCUGUCUGGUGGAGCGCUGCAGCUAUGGAAUGUGACCCGCGCUGACGAUGGCCUCUACCAGUUGCACUGUCAGAACUCGGAGGGCACGGCGGAAGCUCUCGUGAGACUGGAUGUACAAUAUGCUCCCACCAUCCGAGCUCUCCAAGACCCUACUGAGGUGAAUAUUGGGAAUUCUGUGGACAUAGUCUGCACUGUGGAUGCCAAUCCCAUCCUUCCUGGAAUGUUCAACUGGGAGAGGCUGGGAGAAGAAGGGGAGGACCAGAGUCUGGAUGACAUGGAGAAGAUAUCAAAGGGAUCCACAGGGCGUCUUCGUAUUCACCAUGCCAAGCUGACCCAGGCUGGUGCUUACCAAUGCAUUGUGGACAAUGGGGUGGCACCUCCAGCCCGAGGGCUGGUCCGUCUUGUUGUCAGAUUUGCCCCCCACGUGGAGCAUCCUGCUCCCCUAACAAAAGUGGCUGCAGCUGGGGACAGCACUAGUUCUGCCACCCUUCACUGUCGUGCCCGAGGUGUCCCCAACAUCAUCUUCACUUGGACCAAAAACGGGGUCCCUCUGGAUCUCCAGGAUCCAAGGUACACAGAGCACACGUACCACCAGGCUGGUGUCCACAGCAGCCUUCUGACCAUUGCCAACGUGUCUGCAGCCCAGGACUAUGCCCUCUUCACAUGCAUAGCCACCAACCCCCUCGGCUCAGACCACACCAACAUUCAACUCGUCAGCAUCAGCCGCCCUGAUCCGCCAUCAGGACUGAAGGCCAUGAGCAUGACCCCAUAUUCAGUGGGGCUGGAGUGGAAGCCUGGCUUUGAUGGGGGCUUGCCACAGAGGUUCCAAAUCAGGUAUGAGGCUCUGGGGACUCCAGGGUUCCUCUACAUGGAUGUCCUACCACCCCAGGCCACCACCUUCACACUGACUGGGCUGCAGCCUUCUACUCGAUACAGGAUCUGGUUGCUGGCCAGCAAUGCCCUGGGUGACAGCGGACUAGCUGACAAAGGGUCCCAGAUCUCGAUCACCACCCCAGGUCUAGACCAACCUUCUCGAGAACCUGACUACCAGCUACCCACAGAGCAACCUGCAGGACCCUCAGAGAUGCCCUUGCUGCCUGUGCUGCUUGCUGUUGGAGGUCUUUUGCUGCUUUCUAAUGCCUCCUGUGUCGGGGGAUUCCUCUGGCAGCGGAGACUGAAGCGUCUUGCUGAAGGCAUUUCAGAGAAGACAGAGACAGGGUCGGAGGAGGACCGAGUCAGGAAUGAAUACGAGGAGAGCCAGUGGACUGGAGAUCGGGACACUCGCAGCUCCACGGUUAGCACAACAGAUGUAGAACCAUAUUACCACUCCAUGAGAGACUUCAGCCCCCAGCUGCCCCCCAUGAUGGAGGAGGUGUCUUAUCCCCGAGGUCUCAGGGCUCUUGAGGAGGAGAAUAUGGCAUUUCCUGGGCACCUGUAUGAUGAGGUGGAAAGAGUGUAUGCUCCAUCUCGGGCCUGGGGACCCCUCUAUGAUGAAGUACAGAUGGAUUCCUGUGAUUUCCGCUGGCCUGAGGACAGAUAUGAGGAUGCAAGAGGAAUCUAUGAUCAGGUGGCAGGAGAUCUGGACCCUAUGGAACCUGAUGCUAUACCCUUUGAGCUGAGGGGACAUCUGGUGUGAGAAUGUCCUCAACACCCUUUUCCUACACCUGCAAGACACAAUAUGCCCAUUGUCCUUUUUAUUCCGGGCUAGGCUGAGCUUGUUAAGUGAGCUCUAUUGGACACAAAGGGACUGGACUUUUUCAGGAGGAGAGGUGGAGGGGUGUGUGUAAGUGACAGAUGGUUCAAGCUGGUCCAAGUAUCAACAAGGCUCCUCCUAGGCUUGGUUUUAGAGUUCUCUAUAGGGACACAGGGAAUUGUAAAAGACAUCUCAAUAAUGAAAAGCUACUCUGAGUGUCUUUAUGCUUUUUAAAGUAAAAAUUUUAGAAGUGGGAAAAGACAUACUAAAAACUCAGUUCAUUUUGAGUUCAACUAAAUCUGAAAUAGCUAAUAAGUGGAAUUUAUGAGCCAUUAUUAUAUCCUACUUGUUUUACGCUUUUCCAUAGUUAUCUACAACACAAUGUAUAAACUAUGACACACACAUAUACAUAAAUAGACUCUAUAGAAAAUAAACAGACUUUAUUUAAAAAGCUGUACUCAAAAGAGUUCAUACUGUAUGGUUUUGCUCAUAGAAAUUCUAGAACAGGCAAAGCUAAUCUACAGUGACAGAGCAAUUAGUGGUUGCCUGGGGCCAUGAGAAGGAACUGACUACAAAACAGUAUGAGAAAACUUUUGAGGGGGUGAUAGAAAUGUUCUAUAUGAUGACUGUGGUGGUCAAAACUCACUGAACUCUAUGCUUAAGGUGGGUGUAUUUUAUGGUACAUAAAUUUACCUCAACAAAGGUGACCUUAAAAACAGGCACCAUAGGGUCUUUCCUGGUGGUUCGGUGGCUAAGACUCUGUGCUCCCAAUGCAGGGGGCCUGGGUUCAAUCCCUGGUCAUGGAACGAGACUCCACAAGGCCACAAUUAAAGAUCCCACAUGCUGCA